GACAGAAUUUCAUUGCCCUUUAACUUUAUACCAUUCUAUUGUGUACUUGAUAUCACUUGUUAGUCACAUGACUAAUGUGCUGUAUAUCACAUGACUGUCAGGUGACCUAUGAGAUCGAGGGGUUCAUAGAGAAGAACAGGGACUCUCUGCCGGAACCUGUGGCCGACGCUCUUCGAUUCACUUCCCUCCAACUCCUCGGGAUCCUCUUCACAACCAGUGGAGGAGGAGGAGGAGAAGGAGGAGGAGGAGGAAGGAGCAGAGGGGACCAGCUUCGCAAGAGCUUCCUCAGAAAGAGUCAGCGCUCGGUGAUGCGGGCCAUGUCCCAGCGUCGCAGGAAGAUGUCCAACUCGCCGAAGAAGAGACAGAGAGCCAACCAUCACAAGAAGCUGCUGACAGUGAGCGCACACUUCAGAGAAAGUCUCGACCUCCUCAUGGAGAGGCUUUUUGCUGCUUCUCCUCACUUUGUCAGGUGUAUAAAGCCAAACCUCCAGAAGAAGCCGCUGCAAUUUGAAUCUGAAUUCGUCCUUCGCCAACUGAGGUAAUAUUGUUAGUCCUGUUCUCUCUCUCUCUCUCUCUCUCUCUCUCUCUCUCUCUUUCUCUCUCUCUCUCUCUCUCUCUCUCUCUCUUGUACAUAGCUACUAUACUGCAGUAUGAUUUAAUCCACUAAGUAGACUACAUAGUAUACUCUGGAAAUGAUGGAAGAUUGGAAAAUAUUUACUGUUGGAAUCCACAUACUUAUUAUGUAUGUGUGCUACAGGUAUACUGGGAUGUUGGAAGCAGUGAGAGUGAGGAGAGAAGGCUACUCUUACAGACCUUUCUUCUCCGACUUUGUCAGCAGCUACAGAUCCGUCGCCUACUGCUUCACUGACGAGGACGUUAAGUUGACGGAGGGGGCGUGUCAGGUGAUCCUGGAUAAAGCCGGUCUGACCGGUUGGCGACUGGCUCGCAGCCGGGUCUUCCUGCGCUACUACCAUGAGCAGAGACUCCAGCUGCUCCUGAAAGCAAUGGAGGACAGUGCAACUCUCGUCCAGAAGAUAUAUCGUGGCUACAGAGCCAGGAAAAUGUUCAAGCCACUGAAGGAGAAGGGUAGACUCCAGACGACGCAGGUGGCCAGCCUUUUGUCUCAAAUUGCCUCACACGGACAGAUCCACCAGCCUUUACUUAAAGCCCUGGAUCGAACCGACAUCCUAGAAGCCCCCAAUCGCUUCAAGAACCGUCAGAAAGAGACGGCCCCUCCUCGUACCGAAGUAGGUCCGUCCUCGACCGACUACGACGGACUGUCAACCAUGCAGAGAAAAGCCAAAAAGGCGCAGAAGUUUGGAGUGAAGGUUGGAGCUGUGUUAGGUGGAGCUGAUGCUCUCCAGCUUGCUCUGAAGAGGCAGAACUCGCCGGGAAAUAACCGCAGCAGACCCCCUUCAGCAAUCGAGAACUCUUCCAGGCCCCCCUCGGAAAUUUUGGUUCCCUCGAGACCUCCCUCGGAAAUCGAGGGGUCCAGACCCCCGUCUGUGUUUGAGCCAACUCUUGAGAAUGACAUUUCGCGACCCCCGCCUCCGAAAUAUCCACCGCCCCGCUCGAAAAAGGCUCCUCCCCAACCCCCUGGUUCGUCAGAGGACGAGUCGCGUCGCUCUGGCUCAGGCUCACUCACAGACGGCUCUCCCUCCUCCUCCCCCGCCCACGUCAGUAGUGCCACGGGAUCUAGAGAGGGCAGCCCGGCAGAAAUCACAAAUAGAGUCUCCCACAAGAAGCGGCCACCGCCUCGCACGGCAGCAAAACCAACUUCUCCGAGGAGAAACCGCCGGGUGCUAGAUCCGUCAUCAUCAUCAUCCUCUCGACCCAUAAACAUCUCCGUCAUUCCUAACCACACGACAUCACCGUCUGUACCAUCAUCUCCAGUGACAUCAUCAUCAGUGCGUUCAUUGUCUGUGACAUCAUCAUCAGCGACAUCAUCAUCAGUAAUGGCUGCCAAUGAUGGCCGAUCCCCUGGUGCUGCCAAUUCAUCCGAUGUCGAACCCCGAAGACUGAGUGAGAGCAUUUUGCUCAGUUCUUCUGAGAUGAAAAUGGAUACCCCAUUACCCCGGGGUAAGAGACCUAUCGGUGGAGUAAAAUCCCUCCCGACCGACAAAGAUUCAUCCAACAAGAGAGAAGCAGCCCUACAACUGAUAUCGUCGAAUUUGGAAUCUCUUCCAAAUGGUCGGACGCCGCACUUGAAGAAUGGCACCCAGUCAAGUCACACUCCUCACAGCAGCACCAGAGGUCAGGAAAACACUCGUGGAAACACUUCAACCCCAGCUAGUAGCGGCACAGACACAUCACUGCGAAGGAGGCUACUUGUAACUAACUCUGAGGGCGAAUCAACACUGGACUUUGCCCAUGUGGGUGGAUCCAGCAGUGGGAGGGGCGAGGCUCACAUCCGCUAUAUCUCAAGUUCGGUCCCAGAUCUCUUGGAAGAUCCCCCGACACUAACCGGCCCGUCCGCUCUACUGCUUGGAGCUCCACCCAUUGGAAUUGAAGCUGGGAGAGCGAGGGGACUGGCUUCUUCGAGCAACGUCUUGUACGACAGUGUUACAACGAUGGAUCAUUGCGGGGGCGUAGGGGUGAUGGGAGAGGGUGGAAGUGGGUUUACGUCGCGGAGUACUAGUCAGUAUUCUGAUAUGAGUGCCGUCAGUGGUGGGAGUGCAGUGGACACGCCUCCUCCACAGGCCGACAAGAGAAAACACAAGCCUUGGUUUGGCUUCAAACGAAGCAGCAGAAAGAAAUCAUCCAGCAGCAACGAAAGUGACAUGCCACUAUCUCCCGGAGGAGGACGGAGAGAGAGCGAUACAAGUGUUCUGGGUUUCUAUCCUGGCCUCUCCUACAACAGUGCCGUGGAAAUGGUAUCAGGCCAGCCGAGAGGGACUUAUGUGCUGUUCAAAGAAGAACUGCAGGAGUACAGCGGUGUCUCAAGUGUCUAUAAGCUGGGGGUGUCCUCAGGAAGGGAGGUGAAGAUGUUCCCAAUCCUGUGCACGUGUGGACAGUACCAGCUGGUGAACGGUGCUCCCCAGAUACACCCUCCUCACACCUCACUCAAGAGCCUCGUCAACCAUUACAAGGUCUCUGAACUGGACGACAGUAUCACACUAACACAGCCUCGGCUAGUUGCAGGGAUCACUGUGAGCCUGGCUCCCAGCAGACAGCCCCAGAUGGCCAAGAAAAGAGGACGCAAGAAGAACUGAGACCCACUCACUCUGUGUCACCACUUUGACCGUGCACUAUACUCCAUCACAUUCAUACUCCACCACAUUUAUACUCCAUCACACUCUCUCCUUUAUUUCUUUGACUUAUGUUGAGUGUUUGUGUGUAACACGUGCACUAGCUCACCAUCUUUUCGAGUUAGCUGCAAAAAGACACUCUUGAACUGUUCAUAGUCAUCAUUGUUAUGGUCCAUUGAUUUUAUACUUGCAUUAAAUAGUCUGUUUUUAACUCUUUC